AUGUCUGAUGUCACACAGAAGUCAACGGUCACGAAUCUGCUGACAAACCUCAUUGAAGGCAGACUGCUUCCUAUGGCUCUCAUCUGGAUAACUUCCCGACCAGCAGCGGCCAAUCAUAUCUCUCCUACACGUGUUGACCGUGUCACCGAAGUGCGAGGUUUCACUGAUGCUCAGAAAGAGGAGUACUUUAAGAAGAGAUUCAGUGAUGAAGAGCUGUCCGGCAAAAUUAUUUCCCACAUCAAGUCAUCCAGGAGCCUCCACAUCAUGAAGAUUCAAAAGUACCAUGAGGGAGAAGAAGCAAGUCCAGAAGAGCUGAUGGAGGCUGACAAGAAAGGUCUUUUAAAGCUUGGGAGGCUGGCAUUUGAACAUUUGGAAAAAGGAAACCUCAUGUUCUACCAAGAAGACCUGGAGCAGUAUGGUGUGGAUGUCACAGAGGCCUCGGUGAACUCAGGACUUUGUACAGAGAUUUUCAAAAGAGAGUGUGUGAUCUUUCAGAAACCAGUCUACUGCUUUGUUCAUCUGAGCAUUCAGGAGUUUCUAGCUGCCGUUUAUAUGUUCCACUGUUUCACUAAUAAAAAUACUGAUGUUCUGCAGGACUUUAUAAAUAUAAAGUCUUUUCUUGAGAAAACCUCUAAACAAUCUGGAAAUAUUAAUUGUUCCAUCCCAUCUCUGGAUGUCUUUCUGAGCAGAGCCAUGGAGAAAUCUUUGCAAAGUAAAAAUGGACACCUGGACCUGUUUGUUCGCUUCCUUCAUGGCCUUAGUGUGGAGUCCAACCACAGACUUUUAGGAAGCUUACUGGGUCAUUUGCAAAAUAGUCCACAAAUCAUCAAGAGAAUUAUAAACAACCUGAAGAAGAUGAACAGCGAUAAAAUAUCUCCCGACAGAAGCAUUAACAUUUUCCACUGUCUGAUGGAGAUGAAUGACCUCUCAGUACAUCAGGAGAUCCAAGAGUUCCUUAACUCAGAGAACAGAUCAGAGAAGAGACUCUAUGAAAUCCACUGCUCAGCUCUGGCCUACAUGCUGCAAAUGUCAGAAGUUCUGGAUGAAUUGGACCUGAACAAGUACAACACUUCAGAGGCAGGGCGACAGAGACUGAUCCCAGCUGUGAGGAACUGCAGAAAGGCUCUACUUUCUGACUGUGGAAUUUCAAAGACUCACUGUGAAGUCUUGGCCUCAGCCCUGAAGUCCAAUCCCUCCCAUCUGAUAGAGUUAGAUCUGACCUUCAAUGAGCUGGAGGACUCGGGACUGAAACUGCUCUCUGUAGGACUGGAGAGUCCAAACUGCAGACUGAAGACCCUGAAACUGUGGCACUGUGGAUUGUCAGAGAUUAGCUGUGCUACUCUGAGCUCAGCUCUGAAGUCCAACCCCUCCCGCUUGAGACAUCUGGAUCUGAGUUACAACAAGCUGCAGGAUUCUGGAGUAAAGCAGUUGUGUGGUUUUCUGGAGUGUCGACCCUGUCAACUGGAAACUCUGAGACUAAGGGAGUGCUCUUUGUCAAAGGCCAGUUGUACUUUUCUGUGCUCAGCGCUGAAGUUAAACCCCUACCACCUGAGAGAGCUGGACCUGAGUAGAAACGGCCUGCAGGAUUCAGAUAUGAUUCAGCUGGUGAAUCUUGUGAAUAAUUCAAAUUACAGACUGGAGAAUCUGUGCCCCCACGAAUUGUCGGUAACAGUUGUCUGCUGAGCUAUGACGAGCUCUGCCCUGAUGAUCUGGAGAGUUUUAAACAGCAGCAGGAAUUUGUGCAUUAGCAUGCCCUGACUCGGCCAUGAAGUUAGAAGAAAAACUUCAACCAGCAGUGACUUCUAGAGGAAUCAAAAGAAGUACAAAUGACUGUUUCAGUGUGAACUGCCCUUAGAAGUGCAGACUCAAUAAGAAUUAUUCAAAGACAUUAUGCAAACACAUAUAUGUGCUUAAACUGUGCAUAUGACUGUUUCUCCUGCUAAUCUGGGAUUCUGUUCUCUUUUCCUGAGCUUGCUUGUAAUGAGCAGGCAUAUUUAGAACUACGACAGACUAUGUGUCUAUACAAAAGAUGAACUGUCUUAGAAAGUAUACUUAAUAUUUAUCUGUUCAAAAUGUAUUUAAAUUAGAGUCCACCCUUACGGAAGUUAGUACACUUAUUUCUCGAUGAUGUCCUGGUUAUAGAUGAUGGACUGGUGGGUCCUUGUUUGGACCUGCUUACUUCUUUUCUUCUGGUUUGCUAUGCUUUAACACUUUUAAAUGUCAAACUUUUCUUUUAAACUUGAGCCGCAGCCUUUGUCUUAGAGAAUAAAACAUUCAUCUGUGUAAGCAAUAUAUACUGUAAGUCGUGAAUCCUGAUGAAUAUACUAUCAUCCCUGUGUUUUAUAAUCCUGAUAGAGUAUAAAAAAUCAUACCAGCACUGCUCCUCUGAUUACUUCUUAUGGUGACACAAGGUUUAUAGUCAUUUAGACGGCACUCAAAUCAGUGUAAACUAGAGUAGGCUUUGAUUUUCUGUAAUUGUUCUGUGUUAGAGCGCCACACUGUGGCAUAAUUGAGAACUGCAGUUAAUGUUUACACAGUAACUUGCUUGAUUGUUAAAGACUGCUUGCAUGCACAGUUUCAUUACUGUCAGUGGAUUAGUUUCCUGUUUAGUCUUCCAGUAAUUAAUAUUUCUGAAUGCAAAGUAUUUGUUGAAUGCAUAAAAAUGUGAAGGAACGAUGUGAAAGUUUAAUAAACCUCCAUGAGCUCACUGAACCCUUUAGAACUCACCACAGUACUGAGACU